AUGCAGAACAGCAGGCCGGGCAACAUGGUAUCGAAGCUAUUUGCAUGGCACAAUGCAUACAGCAGCUUUUCAGGCAAGAGGGUGAGUGACAAGGACAAUGUAUUUGUCUUUGAGUCGGAUUGCAACAUGAUGGAGUUACAGCAUAUCCAAUUCAUGGCGAUGUGCAGUGGCCCGGACAUCAAGAGCGGCAGCAACAUCCUUUGCUUUGGUCUGAAUAUCAAGGAUAUCCACAUCACCACUGGGCGCCUGGGUGCCAUUGACUUGAUCGAGUCAAAGCCGGGUGUCAUGUCCGAGUCCUUUGACAGCGCACAGCCAGACAUCAAACUGAUAUUGGAAACGUGCGCACUCCCCAGAGAACUUGCAUCGACUUACAAGAGUGUGAACAAUCAGACAUCGAGAUAUAUCCAAUCUAUAUUACCAAGCUUGAAACCACUGGAUCAGGUCAGGGUCGAUCGCUUGAAUGCGGCAAUGAUCGAGAUCGCCAAUGAUUCUUCCAAGAUGAUCACACAGAAUGGGUUCCAAUUUCACAGGGAGGGUGUGCUUUCUGGUGAUUGCCUUACGAUUUGGAACAACACGGUAGACCUAAACAUGCGGAUUCGUUCGGCCUGGUCAUGUCAUGCCUGA